AUGUCAGCUCGCAACAAAGUCUGGUUCUACUUUGACGUCGUCUCACCUUGGUCCUAUGUUGGAUUUCAAGUUCUGAGACGGUAUCAGGAGCUAUGGAACCUGGACAUCAUGUAUAAACCAGUCAAUCUGGGCUACAUUAUGAAGUUCUCGGGCAACAAACCCCCGAUCACAGUCGCAAACAAAGGUAUUUGGAUGUGGGGCGAACGAGACCGUGCACGUAAAUUCUUUGGUGUCAUCCUAAACCCCACCAAAGAAUUCCCUAUCAACACUAUGCAUCUUCAAACCUUCCUCUCUGCUCUCUCCACCCACCCUUCCUCCACUCGUUGCAUUUACGAAAGUGCUAUCGAGACUUGUUUCGCUGCUAUCUGGCACCACGACUAUCCCUGUGCCACCCGCGAGGACUUGGAAUCGAUUUUCGCUAAAGCGGAUUGGUUCGGGUUGGGCAAGGAAAAGGUAGCACAGGUGUUGAAUAAAAGUAUGAGUAAGGAAGCGAGAACAAUUUUGCAAGAAGAAGCGAAAGAGCUGGUGGAGAAGAAAGGGCUGUUUGGCAUGCCAAGUAUGGAAAUGGAGAGAGGGAGUGAUGGGGAAAAGGUGGUCUGGUUUGGUAGUGAUCGAUUCGAACAGAUUGCCGCUUGGUUGGAGGUGCCGUAUAAGGGACCUUUUGCUGACGGAACUGUGGCAAAGCUCUAA